CAGCACCCCGGCCAGUGCUUCAGCAUCUAUGACCGCAAGCUUUGAUGCCCAAGUCACUUCCACAAGCAGUGAAUUCUCGUCCUCUGCUUUCAGCACCAGUGCCUCUGACCUAGCCCAAUCGACCGAGUCAGCAUAUUCAACUUUGACCUCAUCUACAAGCAGCGGAUCAAGCUCUAUCGCUUCAAGCACUUCCGCGUCAGCAUCUGAUUCGUCCUCAAGUCUGAGUAACAAUGAUAACGCCUCGACCUCUACUAUUGAUCGCAAUGCAAACCACGUCUCUGUUCCGGCUUCUGGUUCCAACCAAGGUGGAUUGGCGGCUUCAGCCACAUCGAUCGACAAUUCCAUGGCAUCCAGCACCUCCAGUAUCUCUUCAAACAGUGCUUCCUCAGCGUCAGACAGUGCCUCGUACUCGGCUGGCAUGGCAAGCCCCACCUGGGCUCCCUCAACAUCAUCUGGUCAGAGCGUUUCUGCCUCUUCGAGCGUUGUCUUCGCCUCAUCCAGCAGCAUCCUUGCUUCUUCGGACAGCAUGUUCUCCUCCUCGAGCAGCGCUGUUGCUUCUUCGAGCAGUGUCUUUUCCUCGUCGAGCAGUGUCCUUCCUUUCUCGAGCAGCGUCUUGACUUCCUCUAGUAGCGUUCCUGCGUCCUCGAGUAGCGUACCUGUCACUUCGAGUAGCAUACCUGCCUCUUCGAGCAGUGUCUCUGCUUCAAGCAGUACCUCCGCGCCCUCGAGCAGUAUCUCACUAUCCUCGAGCAGUGUUUCGGCAUCUUCGAGCAGUGCUCAAGGCUUCCCGUCGAGUGUUAGUGCCUCAGCAGGGUCUUCCCCCUCCAGUAGUUCCGUUAGCUCUUCAGCCUUCUCAAGCAGUACCCUGAGCGCUUCAUCUCCGAGUGUCUCCGCAAGUCACAGCCAAUCUGUCAGCUCCGCUAGCUCAUCUAUCACCAGUAGUUCAGCAAGCGCAAGCUCGUCAUCAUCAAUCACGGCAAGCUAUAGCUCAUACAACUCUGUAUCGGCCGCUAUGUCUAUCAUUGAAGCCUCGAGUUACCAGCCAUUCUGCUCUACCUACCUCGGUUACAGCUCAUCGACCGCGACCGUCACUUCCACUAGCACUUACAACGAUGUGUCCACGACCACGACUACCACGACGUCUCUCGUUGCACAGACCAAGCAGUACAGAAAGCGUGAUGUUGAGCAGCCAAGCGGCACUUGCGACUGCGAGAAUCAUGAUCAUCAACCUAGAGCUACAAGCGAAAUCGCUUCUACAACCAUUCUUCGUCGUAGAAGCGGGUCCUACACCGAGAUGCCAACAACCCAGCUCCAGCGUCGUGCUACCUCUGCUAGCUCAGCCGUUUCGAACACUACUCCAACCCCUCUCAGAACAUUCUCAUCGACCGAUCUCAGCUCAGCAUGUAGUUCAGAGGUCACUUCUCCUGCAGUUUCCACAAGCACGAUUAUGAGGACUGUCACAGCAUCGAGCACAUCGACGGUAACGAAGACAGCAACCUCGACAACCGUCAUCUCUGUGGCCUCGAGCGCGCCAACUGGUGUAGUCGGUUACAUGUCCUUCAGAAAUCCCGUCAACACUGGCGGACAGUUCGCUUUGUCAGACCCUGCUACUCACAUGACGGACAACUACUAUGCCAACAGUACUCGCGAGACCUUCAUCGUGACAAACACCAGUCAGCUGUACUCCGUCACCAACAACGCCUAUUACUAUUAUCAGACUCCUGCUGGAAACGACAAGCUUUACUGGAGUACAAACAAUGCCACUGGUACUACCAAUUGGCUGCAGAACGCCACCACCUCAGAUGGAUAUACCCAACUUCUUAUGGUGGAUACUCGAUACACGGCUCGCACUUACUACAAGUUCUGCUUGAAGACAGUCGCAUCUGGCGAUGGUAACUCCGCUACCGGUCUGCACGUCUACUACUUCAACCAGACUGCGACGUUCCCUACCAACUGUGUUGGCACACAGCUCUGGUUCGCACCUUCUUAGUCGAAGUUCUAAGUUCGCUGCCUUUCGCUCAUUCUCUCAUUAUUACCUACACCAUUUCUCUAUGUUUAUCACACUUAUUGUCGCUAAAGACAAUCACGCCGGACGGGCAAAGACAUUUCGCAGGCUAUAUCUUGUGGAUCAAUGAUUCGAAUCUUUUUGUUUAAUUUUUAGUAUAUAGUUCAACUCCAACUAUAGCAUAGAAUCCAAAUCAAAGCAUAGUUAUUCCACCA